CUAUACAUGAGAAUUCAAACCGACCCGGCAAAUAUCCGCCCGCCCAACCGCCUCCAAUAAAAGAAAGUACCAAAUUCACGAAGAAAAAGAAAACCUACCCUCGACCCGCCACCGUUACGUCACCGCCGCCAUGAGCAGCGCCAAAUCACGCAACUUCCGGCGCCGCGCCGAUGACGACGAAGAUCCGGACAACAGCAUCUCCGGCACCCCCUCAACCACGAACAAGCCCUCCGCUCCCACCAAGCCCAAAAAACCCACCCCUCGACCCGCCACGAAAACCCUACUCUCCUUCGCCGAUGACGAAGACGAAGAGUCGCCGUUUUCCCGCCCGCCGCCGUCCAAGUCGUCAGCGUCGUCCUCCUCUCGCCUCUCCAAGGCAUCGUCGGCGCACAAGCUCACAUCCUCCAAGGACCGAAGUGCACCGCACCCGCCGAUCUCUUCCGUCCCUUCCAAUGUCCAGCCACAGGCAGGAGUCUACACUAAAGAGGCCCUUCUGGAGCUUCAGAAGAACACCAAGACCCUAGGUGCACCCUCCCGCAAUAAGCCCAAGCCACCCGAGCCUGAGCCUGUAGUAGUCUUGAAGGGUUUGAUAAAACCUGUAAUCUCGACCGGCUUAGAUUAUGGGGCUACAGGAAAAACUCCGGAUUUGGGGGAGAACAAGAUGGACAUCGAUGAUAAUCGUAAAAGCUCCGUUGCUGUUCGAGAUGAUGCACAAUCCCUAUCAAAGAGCAUCAAAUUAGGGUCGGGUUUGCUUGAGGAUGAUGAAGAAAUGCCAGACCAGUCAAUGAUAGAGGCAAUAAAGGCAAAGAGAGAGAGGUUGAGGCAGGCCAAGGCUGCGGCUCCAGAUUUCAUAGCAUUAGAUGGAGGAAGCAAUCAUGGUGAGGCUGAAGGUUUGAGUGAUGAGGAGCCCGAAUUCCGAGGAAGGAUUGGCUUUUUUGGCGAGAAAGUUGGUGGCCAUGACAAGAAAGGUGUCUUUGAUGAUUUUGAGGAGAGGCCAGUUCAAAAGGAGAGGGGAAUUGAAGUGGCUAGCGAUGAAGAGGACGAGGAGGACAAAAUGUGGGAAGAAGAACAAGUGAGGAAAGGACUGGGAAAGAGGCUGGAUGAUGGUGUUGGAAAUCAAGGAGUGGGUGUUAGUGUUAAUGGUGUUAGUGGUAAUCUAGCGAGUUUGGGCUACGUGGGCGCAGGGAAUAGUAUGACGCAUAUUCCUGUGAAAAAUGUGGAUGGUAUAAGUCGUCACAGUACUGUUGGAGGGGCAGGUGUGGACAUGUUUGAUACUGAUGUGAUGUCGAUAUCUCAACAAGCAGAACUUGCUAAGAAAGCUCUGAGUGAAAACUUGAAGAGGGUUCGGGAAUCUCAUGGCCGAACUAUCAUGUCACUGGCAAAGACUGAAGAAAACCUCACUUCCUCGUUGCUGAAUAUUACUACCUUAGAGAAUUCGUUGUCCGCUGCCGGUGAGAAGUUCCUCUUUAUGCAAAAGCUUCGUGAGUUUGUUUCUGUUAUAUGUGAGUUUUUGCAGCAUAAAGCCCCUUUCAUUGAGGAACUUGAAGAACAAAUGCAGAAGCUGCAUGAAGAACGUGCAAGAGCAAUCACUGAGAGACGAGCGGCCGACAACAGUGAUGAGAUUUCCGAAAUCGAACAAGCCAUUAUUGCUGCACGGGCUGAACUCCGAAAAGGAGGAGACAACCCGGAAAAAUUGGCGGCAGCCAUUGCUGCUUCUCAAGCCUCAUCUGCCAAUGCAAUAACUGCCAAAAAUGCACCAGUUGAGCUUGACGAGUUUGGCCGAGAUGUAAAUCUUCAAAAGCGUAUGGAUAUCUCAAGAAGGGUGGAAUCUCGUACAAAACGGAGGGAAAAAGCCGAUUCCAAGAGGAAGCUGGCCAUGGAAAGAGAUAGUUCUUUUAAGCAAAUGGAAGGGGAAUUGAGCACUGACGAAAGUGAUAGCGAGAGCACGGCUUACGAGUCGACCCACAGUCAACUGCUAGAGGUUGCCGAGAAAAUUUUCAGUGAUGCGGCUGAGGAGUUUUCUCAAUUUUCAAUUGUGGUGGAAAGGUUCGACCGGUGGAAGAAAGACUAUGCCUUGAGCUAUCGUGAAGCAUAUAUGUCCUUGAGCGUGCCCGCCAUUUUCUCGCCCUAUGUCAGGUUGGAGCUUCUGAAGUGGGACCCACUUCAUGAGGAUGCCGAUUUUAUAGAUAUGAAAUGGCACUCUUUGCUAUUCAAUUAUGGGCGUCCAGAGGAUGAAAACAAAAGCAGUGAAGCCGACACGGGUGAUGAUGCUGAUGCGAAUAUAAUUCCUGAAUUGGUCGAAAAACUUGCGAUUCCUAUUCUACACCACCAGUUAGCUUAUUGUUGGGACAUCCUUAGUACCCGUGAAACAAAAUUUGCUGUUUCUGCUAUAAACUUGGUCAUUGGAUAUGUGGAUCUCUCCAGCUCAGGCCUUGGGGAGUUGGUGAAUGUGCUUCGUGAUCGUCUCACUAAGGCAGUGGCCGAUUUAAUUGUACCCACGUGGAGCCCACUUGAAAUGAAAGCCGUGCCUAAUGCAGCACGAGUGGCGGCUUAUAGGUUUGGGGUGUCUGUUCGUCUCUUGAGGAACAUAUGCCUAUGGAAUAAAAUUCUUGCUAUGCCCGUCUUGGAAAAAAUUGCCAUUGAUGAGCUUUUGAGUGGCAAGGUUCUUCCUCAUCUUUUCAGCAUACAGUCAAACGUCCAUGAUGCGGUUUUAAGAGCGGAGAGGGUUAUUGCAUCGUUAUAUGGUGUCUGGACAGGUCCGAAUGUUACAGGGGAUCAGAGUCGAAAGUUGCAGCCUUUGGUUGACUACCUUCUGUUGAUUGGGAAGACACUGAAGAAAAGGCACCUCUCUGCAGCCAUGGAAACUGAAACUGGCAAACUUGUGAGACGACUAAAGAAGAUGCUUGUGGACCUGAACGAGUACGACCAUGCAAGAACCUUAUCGAGAACUUUUAAUCUCAAGGAGGCCCUCUGAUGUUUUUUCUCCUUUUGCAUAUGGGUUUUUUUUUUUUGAGAGUGAACGUUUUCUUGAAAAGCUUGAGUUUUCGGUUCUUCGGUGCAAUUCCUGAGUAGUUGGUGUUUUCAUCCGAGCGAAUUUUGAGAUAUGUAUGCUUUCCCUUGUGCUGCUGUAGUUGAGUAACUUAGAAAUAUAUUGUGAUACAUAUUGUUAUUUCAUGUGAACAAAAUUGUCUAAGAAGCUAACCUUGCAUUUGUUUAUAUUGCAAGUGAUCACUGUAACUUGUUUUCUUGCUUAGUCUGUUGUUUUUAUUGCAAGUGAUCAUUUUGGUCCAAA